AUGUUUGCCAGUUGCGCUGAACCACAUCAGGAGCAUGACGGGGAAGUUGCCAAUGAGGCCCAGCACAGCUCGGGCAGCGGAUACGGAAAAGCAGAGGGCCAAAAGGAAGGGGAAGCUGCAGUCGGCCUUGGAACAUCCGGAACUGGUCUCCUGGCAGACAGCGAGGAAGAUGACUCAUAUGACACUGGUAGCAUUAUCCAUUGGCAUUGGGACGAGGACGAUUGCAAAACACCUUCAAAAGGAGAGCUGUCCAACCAGGAGCGAAACGCCAUAGUUGUGGGACCGACCACAGGCGGGAAGUCCGAACUGUUGAGAGCUUUGCAUAGGCUUUACAACAACAACCAAGUGCCAGAUUCAUUGCAAGUUGGACGAGGGAAUCUGUCCACUACGGCGACUGUCACCAAGUACCCGUUGCAGGUAAGUAGCAUCAGCUGCAAGACGGUUCGCAAGAGGGAUUGUGGAAUGAGGCCAGGCCAGAAAGCUAUGUCGGAAUUGAUGAGAAUUUUCAAAGGCGGCAACAGGGAUUCGCGGGACUAUUACUUGGAUACCUACAUGGCAAAGCCAGUGUGCGGGAAGCAUACGUUUCGGGUCAACUUCCUGGACUGCCCAGGGGACAAGGACAGCAGAGGCGCUGGUAUUGACGAGCAGCAUUUCGAAGAGAUAGCUGGCGAACUUGCCCAGCUUGGACAGAUUUCUUCGAUCAUAUUCGUCAUUGGAAAGGGCAUGGCAUAUGAUUCAUCAUUCAAGACAUCUUUCCUGUACUUGUGGGAUUGGCUGAAGGACCAUCGCCGCAAUUUCAUUAUGAUCCAUACAAAAUGGUCCAUGCUAUUGCUGGAUGUAGACGAGCAGACAGCCCGCGUGCAUGAGUUCGAAGACAUGUUUGGGGAGGAAGCCAAGCAGGUGAAGCACAUCUUCAUUGACUCGAAAUGGGAGGACGAGGUCGAAGGGAACCGCGACAGCAUGGCCCACCACCAGCAGAGAAAGGCACUGGCCAUCCAGAGUGUUGAUGCCUUGGUGGCUAACAUUUUGAUGAUGCCCCGGCUGGAUUGCAGCAACUUGCAGUUCAAUAAGACUCCUGCAAUGCUUGAGAUUGAUAGGCAGUUGAAGGCCAGUGGCGAUGCUGCUCUGAAGGCCCGCGAACACACGCUUCAACAAGCCAAGAGCGAGCUCGCGGAUGUCAUUUGCCAUUUAACCGAUGUGGUCAAGAAGAUUGGAAAGCACCAGCAAGAGGUACUGCCGUUGCGAACACGCCUUGCCCAUAUUGACAACUCGGAUCUAUGUGAGAUCGAACGGAAGGAUGUUUACUUGUGGCACCUGUGGGGAUGGAAGACCGUUACUAUCCAAAGCGCAGUGCCGAUUCGCGAUGUCAAGACCUAUCAGACCAGUGGCACAGUUUCCUGGGACAAGUGGGAGAAGAGCAGGUAUCGCAUCGAUGUGAGAUGCGACUCCGGCUCGGUUCCCAGGUACCGGCUUGGAAGUAUCAUUGCCUAUGCUUACACCAGAGAUAUGCACACGGAGGAGAUCCAGCAACUGCAGGACAAGCUGCGACCCCAGGAGGAACUGCUGAAGCAGCAGGAGGAGAUCUUCCGCCGGGAGGAGAGCCGAGAAUCGAACAAGAAGGAGCAAGUGGAGAAGCUGGCACGGGAAAUUAUGGGCAACCAGAGCGUCAUCGCAUUUGCGGGCCAGGGCACCAUCAACUUGUCCGACCUUCCGCGCAUUAACCGCUGGUACAAGCAGAUUGUGGGGUCACAGGUCGAGCCGUCGCAUGUGGAUGAGCUUUCGCGCAUAAUCCCGGGCGAUCCUUCCUGA